AAUAUCUAGGUGUUAAACAGAAAAGCACCCGCCUGGUAGACAAGGAAACGGCAACUCCACGCGGCCAAACUCCACCGCUUCCGCCGCCGCCAAACAGAUUACGCUGCCUAUCCGCCGUCCGCCGGAGAAUAGGGUCUAGAAUAUAUACAGAAAGAAGUUGGAGUUGCAAGGACCACACAUUUAUUUUUUUUUCCUAUUUGAUGGAAUAAAUUGGAGCCAGAUUGCUUUUGGAAACCCACGAAAUUUUGUCAAUUUUUAACUUUAUUCUGUAUUUUGUGGAAAAUUAUAAAGCCAUCAUAAAACCCUAGUUGAGAGAGCAAGAGAGAAAGCCAUGGAGUUAGCUUUAUCUACGAGGGCUUUCAGUUACAGAGGUGUUCGGUGCUUAGCUUCUUCUCACAAAGAACCACUCUUUUUAGGCCAUUCUAAACCCAUUAAUUUGCUUCUUCCGCGUUAUCCUCCUUCCUCUACUCUCGUCUGCUCAGGCCGUAGAAACAACCGCCCUGCGGUUACCUCUAUAUCUUCUAAGAAGAAAAACAAGAACAUUAGGCCUAAAAAAGAUGAUGAUGAUGCGGAUGAUGAUUUUGAGGACGAUCCUUUUGAGGCGCUAUUUAGUCUGCUGGAAGAAGAUCUUAAAAAUGAUGACUCGGUGGUAGAUGAUGAUGAGAUUAAUGAAGAAGAUAUUGAUAAGCUUGCAAGUGAAUUAGAGGUGGUACUCGGGGAUUUUGAUAUGGAAAUGCCUAAUACAGAUACAGCUGAUACAGAAAGUGAUAAUGAUGAUGCUCAAGAAGUAGUAGUGGCAGAAGAAGUACAAGAAGAAGAUGUUCAAGAUAAAGAAGAUGAUGAUGAUGAAGAGGAAGAAAAACAAGUCAGGCUUAAGAAUUGGCAACUUAAAAAAUUGGCUUAUGCUUUGAAGAUUGGCCGUCGUAAAACUAACAUAAAAAAUCUUGCUUCUGAGCUUUGUCUUGACAGGGCUGUUGUUCUUAAUAUGCUUCGUGACCCCCCUCCGAGUCUUGUUAUGAUGAGUGCUGCUUUACCUGAUGAACCAACACCUAGAGUAUCAAUCCCUGAAGUCAAACCGGUAAAAACUAUUAUGGAGGAAAUUGCUGCUGACACUGUAGAACCUGAGACUAAAGUGAAAGAGCAAGUCCAUGCAAGGCAACGUAGAUGGUUUGAACAAAAGAGACUGAAGAAAGUACAAGUGGAAACCCUUGAAUUGGUUUAUAGAAGAUCAAAACGACCCACUAAUGCAUUGAUAAGCAGCAUUGUUCAAGUGACUAACCUACCGCGCCGAAGAAUUGUGAAAUGGUUUGAGGACAAGCGUGCUGAAGAAGGAGUAGCUCAGCAUCGUGUUCCAUAUCAACGGCUUGAUUCUGAAAGUGUCUUUUCCAGUUGAAACAAUGUGUAUACUUGUAUCUUAUUUUGUAACGCUUAUGAGAGCAAAUUUAUUGGUUCAUGCUUGUUUUUGUCAUUCUAGCUUGUCAAUGACGAAGAGCUCCAUGACGUUUGUGCCCCCAAGUCACUCUAGUGUCAUAUUUUUAUAAGCAUUUGCAGGUGCUAAAUACUUAUGUACGAAUGUGCAAGACAUAGACACAGAAACUUCGACAAAUAUCAAUUAUGGACCAAUGUAAACAGAAGUUGUACACAUAUUCGAGCCAAACUGGUUUGGUUCGAAUGCAACUCUAGUGAAGCUGGAGCUUUGAUAAGGCCAUGAACACCCAAAUUCACUUGUUUUUUUAAGCUGAGGAUUGAUCGGUGAACAAUUGUAAAUAAAUGAAAUCCUGUAUAUGGACGAUUAAUGGAGGCUUUUGCCAUUAACUUGAAAUUUCACAUUUUAUUCUUGUAUUAAAGAUUUACAUUGGUUCUUUGUU